AUGGUGUUCCAAGUAGAGGGUAAAAUAGCCUUAAUUACUGGUGGUGCCUCAGGUUUAGGAUUCUCACAUGCCAAAGAAUUACUAAGGAAUGGUCUAAAGGGUGUUGCUCUAGCCGAUAUUAACGAAACUGCAGCUAAAGUGGCUCUGAAACAAAUAGAAAACGAAUUUGGACUAAACAAAGCAUUGUUUGUCAAAACAGACGUUACUUCUAAAGAAAGUUUCGAAGGUGCAUUUAAAAAAACGAUUGAAUAUUUCAAACAUGUAGAUAUCCUUAUAAAUAAUGCGGGCAUACUCAAUGAUAAGUUUUGGGAAAAAGAAGUUGAUGUCAACUUGAAGGGCACGAUUCAAGGCAUAUUUCUUGGAAUGGAGAUCUAUUUGAGGAAUUACAAAAGCGGGGAGGAAGCAGUGAUUCUGAACACUUCGUCAAUAGCAGGUUUAGGUGCCUUCAGUGCUGUUCCAAUCUAUUGUGCCACUAAAUUUGCUAUAAUGGGUAUGACCAGCAGCUUCGGUGUAAAAUACCAUUACGAAAGAACAAAAGUUCGAGUGAUUACAGUUUGUCCUGGAUUGACAGUCCGAACUAACAUUUUCAUCGAAGACGUAUCUACUUUUUCUCCAGAGUAUAUCGGAGCUUGGAAUGCCCCAGUGGAAGAGUUAUUCUCCAAUAAAGAUAUCAUUCAAACGCCUGAACAUCUGUCAAAGGAAGUGGUGAAAAUAAUUGAAUUCGCUGGGAAUGGAAGCGUUUAUGUGGUUGAAAACGGAUUGCCAGCAUUUCAGUAUACUAUAGCUCUAAAGGAGACCAUGAGAGAUAAUGUGUUAACAAAAAAAUAA